CAUUAGCAUUCUGGGUUUUCUACAUAGCAGCACCUAUUCUCAGUCAUUGCUACAGGUGGAGUACUGAUUCGUACGUGCAGAUUACAGAACCGUGAACAUGAGCUACAAUACACAUUCCAAUAUAGGCUCCAGCAGUCGAAGUGCAAGGACAUUGGAGUUUGGAAGGACACAUGUAGUGCGGCCGAAAGGAAAACACCAGGCCACCAUAGUUUGGCUUCAUGGACUCGGAGAUAAUGGCUCAAGCUCUUCCCAGCUCUUAGAAUCACUUCCUCUUCCAAAUGUUAAAUGGAUCUGCCCAACCGCACCAACACGUCCUGUUACUUUACUUGGUGGUUUUCCUUGCACUGCAUGGUUUGAUGCAGGAGAGCUUUCUGAAGAUGGCUCAAAUGAUUGGGAGUCUUUAGAUGCUUCUGCAACACAUAUUGCAAACUUGUUAUCAACAGAGCCAGCUGAUGUUAAAGUUGGUAUUGGAGGCUUUAGUAUGGGUGCUGCAAUGGCCCUUUACUCUGCAACUUGUUAUACUCUGGGAAGAUAUGGAAACGGUAACCCAUAUCCCGUCAAUCUAAGGGCAAUCGUUGGACUAAGCGGAUGGCUUCCAGGGGGAAGGAGCUUAAAAAGUAAAAUACAAAGUUCACAUGAGGCUGGAAGGCGUGCUGCUGCCUUACCCAUUUUGCUUUGUCAUGGAACAAGCGAUGAUGUUGUCCUCUUCAAAUACGGGGAAAAAGCAGCCCAGUCCUUAAGUUCAGCAGGAUUUCGAGACCUUACAUUCAAAUCCUAUGAAGCGCUUGGUAAUUACACGGUACCUGCAGAGAUGGAGGAAAUGUGCCAUUGGCUGACUGCAAAACUGCGCUGACUCCAAAACUGGCGCUGGGGGGUUCUCGCCCCACUCGGAACUAGUUUCUAGUUUGAGAAUUGAGAUAAGCAGCUAGCGAGUAUGAGGCAUUAUGGAACAAACAAUAAUACUAAUAAUAAUAGUAAUUUUGCAAGGCGAUCGAGCAGCUAGCUAGUACAUAUAUAUAUAGAAUGGUGUAUGUAUCAUGUACGUACGUAUGGGGUAUAUCUUUACCUUAAUAUUCAUAUAUAUAUACCUACAACAAUCUUCCCUCAUUCCUUAUGUCUUCUCCUCAUGUACCGCUUAAAUUAUAUAUAAAAGCUUCUCAUCUUCUUUA